ACCAAGAUCGUGACAUUAUGGCAGGAAAGCCUAAGCUGUACUACUUCGAUGGACGAGGCAAGAUGGAACCGAUAAGAUGGCUGUUAGCUGCUGCUGGUGUAGAGUUUGAAGAGGAAUUUAUGGAGACCCGAGAACAAUACGAGAAGCUUCAACAAGAUGGGGACCUCCUGUUUCAGCAACUGCCGAUGGUGGAAAUCGAUGGGAUGAAGAUGGUGCAGACUCGAGCCAUUCUCCACUACGUUGCAGCCAAGCACAAUCUCUACGGAAAGGACCUGAAGGAGCGAGCCCUAAUUGACAUGUAUGUGGAAGGAACAACUGAUCUAAUGGGUCUAAUUUUGCUGUACCCUUUUUUAUCGCCUGAGGAUAAGAAAAAACAGCUUGCCACAAUCACUGAGAAAGCAACUAAAAGAUAUUUUCCAGUGUAUGAAAAGGUGUUGAAAGAUCAUGGGCAGGAUUUUCUUGUUGGCAACCAGUUCAGCUGGGCAGACAUACACCUCCUUGAAGCUAUUUUAAUGGUAGAGGAAAAAGCUUGUGACAUCCUCUCGGAAUUCCCCCAGUUGCAGGUUUUUAAAGCCAAGAUAAGUAACAUUCCCACCAUUAAGAAGUUUCUGGAGCCCGGAAGCCAGAAGAAGCCUGUGCCUGAUGACAGAUAUGUGGAGACUGUGAGAAGAGUCCUCCAGGCCUAUCAUGAUGUGAAAGCCACAUAGGGGCAGUAGUUCCAAACUACAAGUACCAGUGCUGAAUCAUGAUGGUUAUGAAAGGACCUCUUGUUCCUUCAAAUGGGCUGUUACACU